CUGACAGCGAGACCGGUAACACGUGUGGUGGUGCGUUGGCGAGCCAAAUAUAAAUACACGAUUAUUACAUUGGCGACGAGGAUAAACUAUACAACCCUACAAUGUCGCAUCUUAUGCUUGAAAAGUUCGAUUGCGAAGGAGAAUCAACAUCAGUAAGUGUACGGUGGGAACGCUGGAAGCGAGCACUCUCUAUAUAUUUAGACGCUGCGGGUAUCGAUACAAGUCAAAAGAAGAAAGCUAGUCUAUUGCAUUUCGGUGGCUUAGAAUUACAAGAGGUAUUUUAUAACAUUCCUGAUACCAGUACGGACGACACAGACGUAUUCAAAGCAGCAAUAAAUAAACUAGAUGCUUACUUUGCACCUAAGCAAAGUAAAGUUUAUGAACGACAUUUAUUUCGAUUAAUAACGCAAGAAUCAAACGAAAAAUUCGAAAAAUUCCUGGUUCGCCUAAGGCAACAAGCAGAUAAAUGCCAAUUUAAGGAUAAAGAUGAACAAAUUAUAGAUCAAAUAACGGAAAAAUGCUCGUUAAAAGAGUUGAGGAAGAAAAUAUUACAAACAGGAGAUUCCAUAACACUUGACACUAUAAUAUUCGAAGCUAACGCUCUUGAGGCAGUUAACCGACAGCUUGAAGAUUUUGGUAAGGAAACAAAUAAAAGCCAAGAAGUUAACAAAGUGGAUUUAAAAGGGACACGAAGUACCGGAGGAAAUUAUAAAAAACGGAGGAGUAACAUUGAAUGUAGUAGGUGUGGAAAUAGGAACCAUGGGUCUCAAGAUAGCAAAUGCCCAGCUAAAGACAAAAAUUGUUUAAAAUGUGGUUUGAAAGGACAUUUUCGCCAGUUUUGUCGGACUAGAUUACCUAUAAAAAGAAAUAAUGAUACAAAUGAUUAUAAAACUGAAAACAAGAGAUUCAAAGGACAAAAUAAAGAUAAUGAGACAAGGAGUAAACCGAAAGACGACUUAAACUAUGUUUUUAGAAUAGACGAAGACAAUGAGUUAGAAUGUGAAGUUGGGGGUACAAAAGUUAAUAUGUUAGUCGACUCAGGCUGUAAAUGCAAUUUAGUUACAAGCAAAACAUGGAAAAUUUUAAAAGACAGUAAUGCAAUAAUGGAAAAUCGAAUUGAAAAUCCAAAUAAAACAUUUUAUGGUUACGGAAGCAAUCAACCAUUGAAUGUUAUUGAGUCCUUUGAAUCAAAUGUUAGGAUUGCUAGCAAAUCGCAGAAAGCAACUUUCUACGUGAUAAAAGAUGGCACGAGAAAUUUAUUAGGCAAAGAGACAUCUAUCAGCAUGGGGGUUCUCAGGAUUGGAUUGGAGGUAAAUCAGACAGAAAUGGAGGCACCGUUUCCUAAGCUUAAAGGUGUCCAAAUCAACAUAUCUAUUGAUGAUAAAAUACAUCCAAUUUCUCAACCACUUCGAAGAAUUCCCAUACCGUUAGAAGAAAAAGUGGACACUAAAAUAAAAGAACUAAUAGAUAGGGAUAUUAUUGAAGAAGUACAAGGUCCGUCUAAAUGGGUGUCUCCAAUAGUGCCGGUGCUAAAGGAUAACGGAGAAAUUAGACUGUGUGUCGACAUGAGACGCGCGAAUGCUGCAAUCUUACGAGAGAACCACCCAUUACCUACAAUGGACAAACUGUUACCCAAAAUGAAGGAGGCAAAAUAUUUUAGUAAACUGGAUAUAAAAGACGCAUUUCAUCAACUUGAACUACACCCCGAUUGUCGCUACAUUACUACUUUUAUUACGAGCAAAGGUUUGUUCAGGUAUAAACGUUUAAUGUUUGGUAUAGCAUGCGCCCCUGAAAUCUUCCAAAAGACACUGGAAAGGAUCUUGUUAGGAUGUGAAGGAACCAUCAAUUUUAUUGAUGAUAUAUUAAUUCAUGGGAAGAAUAUAGAAGAACAUGAUAGAAGAUUGAAGAAAGUAAUAGAAACGUUAGAAGAAAAUAAUGUGGUGUUAAGAAAAGAUAAAUGUUUAUUUAGAAAGACUGAAAUACAUUUUCUGGGACACGAAUUUUCAGAAAAAGGAGUAAGACCUUUACAGAAAUAUGUUUCAAGUAUACAAGGAUUUCGAGCACCUAUAAACAUAGGUGAACUUCAGAGCUUCUUGGGUUUAAUAAACUUUGUCGGGAAAUGGAUUCCUAACUUAGCCACUACAACUGAACCUCUCAAAGAGUUACUUCGGAAAAAGUCGGGGAAAGCAUCAGAAAUUACCAAAAACUGGGGACCCAACCAAAAGAAUGCGUUUGCAGAAUUAAAAUUAGCAUUAUCUAAUAUUCCUACCCUGGGCUUCUAUGACGUGAAGGACCGAACUAUAGUAAUAGCUGACGCCAGCCCUGUAGCAUUAGGUGGAGUUUUAGUUCAAAUGAACAAUAAAGGUCCCCGAAUUAUUGCGUACGGGCACAAAACAUUGACUGACUGUGAACGAAGAUACUGCCAAACUGAAAAGGAAGCGCUUGCAUUGGUUUGGGCUGUGGAGCAUUUUCACGUUUUUCUUUAUGGAAAGCAAUUUGAACUGGUAACGGAUCAUAAACCUCUGGAAGUCAUAUUUGGACCCAAAUAUAAGCCAUGUGCAAGAAUCGAGCGUUGGAUUAUGCGACUGCAGACAUAUGAUUUUAAGGUGGUUUAUAAGCCAGGUAAAGAAAACAUUGCGGAUAGUUUAUCUAGAUUAUGCCACUCGGAAAAACCAGCAGUUAAUUCUAUUCAAGAUGACAUACAUCAAAUUGUAGAGAUGACAAAACCAAAUGCCAUAUCAUUGAAAGAUAUUGUAAAAUAUUCAGAAGAAGACCAAGAGAUCAUUAAGGUCAAACAGGGUAUAUAUGAUAAUAACUGGGAUAGUAGUGUCAAAAAUUACUCGUUAUUUAAAAACGAGCUUUGUUUUUCCGACGGAGUGUUAUUGAGAGGGACAAGAUUAGUGAUCCCAACACAAUUACGAAAGGACGUCCUUGCAGCAGCUCAUGAGGGCCACCCGGGAAUAGUACUAAUGAAGGCUAGAUUGAGGACCAAGGUUUGGUGGCCAAGAUAUGACAAAGAUGCUGAAUCCUUGGUGAAGGGAUGCAAAAGUUGUACCCUGGUCUCAGCUCCAAACCCACCGAAUCCACUGAAGCGACGAGAAUUGCCGAAUGAACCUUGGGUAGAUAUAGCCAUGGAUUUAAUGGGACCGUUUCCGAGUGGUGAUUAUAUAUUGGUUGUAAUCGAUUAUUUCAGCCGAUAUAAAGAAGUCAAAAUUAUUCGUAAGAUUUCUAGUUCGGAUAUUAUAAAUAAUCUAAAAGAAAUAUUCAGCCGUUUAGGAAAUCCACUAACAAUUACGGCGGACAAUGGCAGACAAUUUUGUAGCCAAGAAUUUAAACAGUUUUGUAAAGAGAGGAACAUAAUUCUAUACAAUACCGUACCCUAUUGGCCCCAACAAAACGGCGAAGUAGAACGCCAAAAUCGGGACAUACUUAAACGUUUGAAAAUAAGUCAAAUGGAAAACAGUAAUUGGAGAGAGGGUUUGGAAGAAUACCUAACUAUGUAUAAUAGUACACCACAUAGUGUAACUGGCAAACCUCCUGCAGAAUUAUUCUUCAAACGACAAUUCCGUGAUAAGGUUCCGAUGGUGAGCGAUCUCAUCCGCCGACCAGAGGACUCCGAUGUGAGAGACAUGGACAAAGAAAAGAAACAGCUAGGAAAAGAAUAUGCAGACAGAAAACGCAAAGCAAAAGAGUGUAAUCUAGAACCGGGAGAUAAAGUGUACCUGAAAAACAUGCAUAAGGACAAUAAACUGAGUCUGAAUUACGAUCCAAUUCCGCACACGGUGGAAAACAGCAAUGGCGGAGAUAUAGAAGUCCGAAAUGAUUCUACAGGACAAAUAUCGAGAAGAAAUAUAGUUCACUUGAAAAGAAUCGAAGGGCAGUGGAAAGUUCUGGAUAAAAACGGAAGUGAAGCUGAACUCAAUUAUAGUAAUAAUGAAAUAGAGAAAAAAUAGGGAUGACCGUAUAUUUGAUUAUGUGAUGAUUAUCAAAGUAUCAGAAUUGAAUAGAUUAUUUGGGAAGUGAUUUAUUAAUUAUAAUUAAAGUAAAAUACUGAUUUAAUUAACAUUCCAACAAUAACUAAAAAA